UCCCCCAUCUAAGAAAGCACAUUCCCCAUCCAGAAGAAAGAGUUCAGCCUCCAGUGUUGGAGGUGGAGCAGAGCCCCAGUCCCAUUCAUUGUACAAAGGACCUUCCACUAAAUAGAUGUGUAGCAGGAGCACAGAAGGCUGGUCGUGUGCCUUAUUCCUACCCACUCCAUUAUUCCCCCAACAAAUCCAAUGUGGAAAUGAAAGGCAAACCUGGACUGGGAGUCCUACUACUGCUAGCUUUAGUGGGAGCUAUUGUUUUUUGGCUGAGUAACACUGCAGCAGACAUAUUUUUCUUGCUUUCUGACGAUUCUACCACAACCCAUGGAUCUUCAGCUCCUCUACCUCAGACAAGAGCUUUUAAAAGCAGGACUUACAAUCUCAGCCUCUCUCCAGAGACACGUGAAAUUGAGGGGGGUUUAAUCGAGGAGACAACUUUUAACUUCACUGACAUCCCUACCGAGUCAGAAGAAGCUUCUUCCAAUACAACACCAACUGUAACAGAUAUCUAUCCCGCUACAACAGAAAGAUACAAUUUUUCAACGGAGCAUCAGGCCAAGGAUUUGAUUAGUUUGGGCCCAACUACUGUCCAAAGUCCCCCAGAUGAUACCACUGGAACUGUUCCUGGAACGAAUAUAGUUACGCAUCAUACACACUUACCUCUGAGAUCUUCCUUUACUGAAAAGGGCUCAGUUCCUGAAAAUACAACGGCGAAAAUGGAGACAAAUAAAUCUGCUUGUAUUCCCACCUCUAGUCUAACAGAUGCUGAGGUCCUGGCACUCGUUGUAGGAGCUGUAUUCCUCACUAUAGUACUGAGUGCUCUUCUCUACCAGUUUGUGGUAUUCAUGAGAAAGAAACAAACCCACAUAGACAGCUCCAUAUACAUCAUAGAAAAUGAACAUAACAAGCAGGACGUUGAAGCAAAUGGAUCACAACCAGAGACAAGGCUGUAAUAGACAACAACAUUUGUGACGGGAGUUAAUUCUGCCCAGUCAUUUCAUGGAAACAUUCUUCUGACCACUGGAAGUCCAAAAGGAUGAAAAAGCAGUAUUUCAUAGCCAAUCAAAUUUCAAUUUAAGAGAUGUUUUCUGAUUGGUUGCCAAGGGUUCAUUUAUCUUGUUACGUCAUCAUUGCUUUUUGUACAUGUAUAUUUAUACAUGAUAUAAAGUAAAACACUGGAAGAAGGGAGAAGUGGGGAUGUGGGCAGCAACCCAACCAGAUUCGAGUGGUCAUCUUUCAAUCAUUGAUUGUAAAAUGAAUGCAAGACUUAUCGUUUCCUCAGUAUCUCCUAACAGGAAUUUGAGACCAUUUUGUAAGAUCAUUUUUGCUCCAACUCUAAAAAAAAUUGUAUUUUUGGAAUUCUGUUGAUGAUUAACAAGGCUAUAAGUAUACUGUA